GGUGUGCAGUGAAUUCCUUUCUCUUUUCCCCUCUAGGAUGUGAGAAGCACCUUGCAGAGGUAUGAGAAAAGAGAGAGUCCAGAGAAGCCAAUGGCUUUCCCUCCAAAGCUGAGGAACAGGAUCUUGGAAUCCUGUGAUCUAAAUUACCUUGUGGAGGAUGCAAUGAAACAGUUGAAAGAUGCUCUCUUAUUUGGAAAACCGUUUCAGAAAGCAAAUGUCACUCUGGAUCCAGACACAGCCCAUCCCAGCCUCAUUUUGUCGGAGGAUCGGAAAAGCGUGAGAUUGGGAGACAGACCUCAAACCCUGCCUGACAAUCCUAAGAGAUUCAACUACAGGCCUUGUGUGUUGGGACUUGAGGGAUUCACAGCAGGCAGACAUUUCUGGGAAGUCACUGUGGGAAGUGGGGAAGGGUGGAUUGUGGGGGUUGCCAGGAAGUCUGUGGAAAGAAAGGGCCUCUUCCCCUUAAACUCUGAGUGGGGGAUCUGGGCUCUCAUGAAGAGGGGAGUCGUGUACUUGGCCUUCACCUCCCCUAAAUACUCUCCUCUGUCCCUGAAUGAGAAGCCCAGGAGGAUCCGGGUGACUCUGGACUAUGAAGGGGGAUGUGUGUCUUUUUUUGACGCUGACUCAGGAGCCGAACUCUACACGUUCUCAGGAGCCUCAUUCUGUGGAGAGACCCUCCUCCCUUACUUUUAUCUGUGGGGAAAUGAAACCCAGCUCAGUAUCUCCUGAGGAGACUAAAUCUGCCUCUCAGGCCCAGUUGGGAGUUUCCCUCCAGACCAGAGUGACUGAUAUAAAAAACAUUUACCGGCCAAUAGAACCUUGGGCAGUUUUUCAAGGGGACCUUUGAGAGGAUUCAUUUUCCUUCCUUUUCCCAUAAUUCUCUCUGCAACUUACUU